AGGACGAGCUAUAGAUGUUCACAUAAAAACUGAAACUACAUAUGAUAAAUGACAGCAUGCGACAGGGGAAGAAGAACAUGGCAACGGUGUGACGAGUAGAUGCAUUUUGAAAUUCAGAAAGUUCAGUCCGUUACACCAGGAAAUGUCUUGAUGAUGUAUUUCAGAGGAACAUGUGAGCUUCCUAUUGUAGCCUCGAAGGUAUUUUGAGCUUUUAAGCAACACUUUGCGUCGCACGGAAAGGAAGCGUUCAAGAGAGAGAAGAUUGCAUUAUGCACUGAAAGUGCUAAUUGUGUGAAGUGGGAAGACACAUGAGCUGAUUCAGCCUAACACAUAUAUAUACACCCACAUUGACGUGUCCGUAUGCUUGCGUCCAGGGCGGUCCACAGUUCGGUUAAUGGGACUACAGCUAUCCCGUGGAGGAGCAGCAGGAGGAGACUGUCGCUCCUGGAGCAGCUGAGGGGCUGUCAGGAGGCCUGGUGUCCUGGGACACCCUGGGACAAGGAAGGGGCCCAUGCUGCUAUCAGUGGGACUCCUGCUGGGAGUUUCCUGGUUGUACGGGACACCGUGACGUCUCAGCCCAGUGUGUUGUGUGUGUCCUCCGGAGCACAGAAUGAAGAAGUCCUUGAUUAUGAUAUCAAAUGCGCAGGCACAGUCUUCCAGUUGUCAGAGUCUCGUCUCUCAUUCUCUGACUUGGCUCAGCUGGUGUUCUUCUACUCUCUGACCAGGGAUGUGUUGACUGUUUGUCUGUCCAUUCCUCACUGGAUCUACAGUGUAACCGAGAAAAACAAAGAUCGCCUCUCUCAGCUCGAGCCCAAAACUUGGCUCUCCACUCCGCCCGAGCAUCAGACUGAUGAAAAGACGAGCACGCAGCCCAGCAGCUUGAUGUGUUCCAUACAGCUCACGUCCACCAAUGGAGCCCUGUGUAUCAUCAAUCCCCUCUACCUCCAUGAGCAUGGAGACGACUGGCUGACCCACAGGGCUACAGCGGGACAUGGUGCUGCACAGUCGCCGAAUUUCAAAAGAGACCGGCGCCUCAGCACCACCCGACAAUGGGCAGGGGCGGGGCUACAGAGUAAACGAGCCAUCUCACUGGACCAGGAAUCCACUGCGACCGGUGCAGACAGCCCAGGUCUUUUUAGAGCCAGGUCAGCUGAUUCAUCUCCAGCCCCGCAAACACCAACAGGGGUGGUCCUCAGGAGGCCCAGCCGAGACUCCACCGCCAGCCUCCCGCAAAGGACAAGCACGGGGAGCCUGUCCCCAUCCACCCCCUCCACCCCCGGAAGCUGCACCCCGGAGCUGCAGCGGCACGGCAGCCCCGUGCCUCAGUCUCCCCACAGGGUGUCGUGGAUAGAAGAUGGGGUCUGGCUUCCUCCACCCAGGCCCUCCUCCUUGCUCCACCCGCCAUCGCUGGAGCUCGACUCGCUGUCCAUCAGCAGCAUAGAGGAAGAGCAGGAGUCCACAAUAAUAAACGCUGCACCGUGUCACGUCUCAGCGCACCGCCUCGCAGAUAAGGUCCUGUACCGGCUGUCUGCGGUGGGCCAGGCUCUAGGUGGGCUGGUGAGCCAGAAGAAAAGGCUGACUAACCGAGUGCAGGAGAUGAGUGAGCGGAAAGGCAACGCCUUUGCAGAGGCUGUGAAAGGAUUUGUAGAGAUGACGCUCAAGAGAGGGACCGAUGCUAGUGGGCCCACGGGUUCAGAGUUCUUACAGGAAGUAAGGGCAUCACUCACCUCACUGAGGGAGACACUGCUGGACUAUCCAGAAAUCCAGACAUUACUGGACAGCAUCACCGACCUUAAUGAGUCAGAGAUUGACUCCCUGGUGGAGCUUUCCCUCCACAAAGUGGCUCUGAAGCCAGUCUCCAACCACCUCUACGACUGCAUUCACAGCGCUCGCACGAAUGACGGCACCUUCGAGAAUCUCCAAAGCAACCUGCGCGUGCUGGAGAAGAACGGGGUGGAGGAACUCGGGGGGUCGGCGGGAGCUGGAGUUCCAGACGCCGUCAACCUGGAGCGCAUACAGCAGAGGUGGAUUACUAUGCAUGAGUCCCACUCCCCGAACAAGAAGGUCCAGAUCCUGCUCAAAGUCUGCAAGAGCAUCUACCACAGCAUGAGCGCCAAUUCUAGCUCAGGUACAGUGUUCGGAGCAGAUGAUUUCCUUCCCUGCUUAACGUGGGUGCUGCUCCGUAGCGACUUGGUCACUUUACAAAUAGAUACAGACUACAUGAUGGAGCUGCUGGACCCAACACAGUUACAAGGAGAGGGUGGCUACUACCUUACAACUGUGUACGCCUCGCUCUACUACAUCAGCAGCUUUCGGCCCCGGCUGGCUGCCCGUCAGCUCAGCGUGGAAGCCCAGCAGUCCAUCAAACAGUGGCACCGCAGGCGUACGCUGCACUGCAACCAAUCUCGUCGCAGCAAGCACCGGCGCACCAUUCGCAGGCAGGCAUGUCGGGACAGGGACUCGCUCAACAACUCCGAGCCAGAAACAAGUAGUAAAGAGGAAUGCGGGAAAGAAAGCGAUUCGCCUAAUGCCGAUGAGUCACAGCAGCAGGCAGAAAACGGCACGGAGGAUCUGGAGGCACUCAAGGAGGAGACGGGGACGGAACAAGGAGCCGAGGACCAAUCACAGACUGCUUCUCCAACGUCAGACUGUCAGCCAGUGUCACAGGACGAGGUAAUAACAAGCAAACAGGAAGCUAGACAGACGUUUCGUAUAGCAGAGGAAGAAGACAAUAGAUUAUAGCUGAGAGGACAUUAUAGUAGGACAUGAGAUGGAAAACAUGGUGGGCUGUCAGUCAUAUAUUUGGAGGUGGUCAAAGAUGUCCAAAAUUCUCCCACUGAGCCAAACCCUUCCUGAACUCAGUUCACCCGAAUACCAGUGUGACUGUUGAACAGAUCUUAAGCGUACAUGAAAAACUGGACAAAUUGGAGGAAUUGGAAAUGUAAAGUGCAUGACUUUUUUUUAAGUUUUAUUUAUUUAUUUUUUUUGCAAGACACUUUUUAACCUUCAGGAAGUAAAUGUGAUUGUUUAGUUAGUUGGUCGCAAGCUGGAAACUGCUCCACUUAAAGUGGCCACGGGUCGAAGACGUUGCAAAAUCACUUAACUUACUUUCAUACUUGUUUUGUAAAGAAGAGACGUUUUUAAUGAAACAACUGGUCGAACUCAUGCCUUGUUUUGAUUCAUAUCUAACUGUAAAUGCGACACACCAUCAGCACCUUCUCAGCCGAUGGUAUGAGCUUGUAGAUGUAUUAAUAUAAACGUAAUCAUUUUGCAAAGCGUGUAAAUUAAUUAAAAUAAAAGUUUGGUUUUGUUGUAA